UGCCACGUUGGAAGUUGGGCAGCAUGGACAGCGACGACGAGGUUGACGCGUUUGCCGCGCUCCUCGAGACUGACGACGGUGUGCGCACGCUCCUGCGCUACAUCCAAGCGCCAGAUAACGAGGCCGACGACGCGGGCAACGCGCUCGCGCUCUUCUCUGACCACGCCGCCGACGACCGCAUCGCACGCCUCGUGCACGACGCCAAGCUCGUCGAUACAUUGCUGUGCCACGCGAGCCUUGGCGACGUCGAGGACGACUUGCACCUGCCCAUCUGGCGGUGCUUGGCCGCCUGGGCCCACGGCGCCGCGCCGCUCCUCGUGCAGCAGGCGUUCGCACUGCGCCACGCGUCGCUGUCGACCACCUCUCUGGUGAGUGCGACGUUGACAUCGCUCGUCGCGUCCAUGGCCCAAGACCUGCAGCCGCGCGCAGACGAACUCUUUUGCGGGCUCGUUGACGCCGAUGCAAAUGGCUUUUGCGAUCUCCUCAAGCAGUACUACGUCUUUGGUGGCAACACUGGCAUCCUCGACUUGGUCCGGCGCGUGCUCUCGACCAAAGCCGAAGCCAAGGCCCUCUGCAGCAGCGGACUCCUCCGGCUCUGGGGACGCGAGUGGCAUCAAGAGCACGACGCGGCCUUUGGCGCUGCGUGGACUGCGCUGCUGUCGCAUCUCUUGCAUGUCCUGCACCCCGCACGCCCCGUGCUCUACGCUGGCAGCGACAGAGACAGUCAAUGGGCAAGCGCCUUUCUCGCCUUGGCACUGAGCCCGCUCAAGUGUGUGUGGAUGGAGAUGGCACCGCUUGUGCUCGAUGCGCUGACGUCCAUCGUGGCACCGGCACUGCGCGCUCACCCGCACUGCCACGGCGUCGCGCGCUGGCUCUUGUCCAAACACGAAGCCAUUCCUUUGGCGAUGGCACGCGCCGAGCUCGAGGCCAUCGCGGUCGACUGCGAACGUGCCAACCAUGUGGCACUGCCGACGCUAGAGAUUGGCCUCACACUCACGGAGGCCCUCGCGACGGCCACGUCGCUAAAGGCCACCGGCAACCGCUGGUUUCGCAUGGGCAACCAUGUGGCCGCCCGACAGUUUUACCGCCUCGGUCUCUCGACGCUCAAGGUGGCGGCGGCGACGGCGCGUCAGGCGCUCACCACGCCGACGACGACGGCCGCCUUGCCGAUUGGCGCUUGCAUUGAAGUGGCGUGGAUGGACCAAAGCGCUCUGCCUCAUCCGUCCGACGUCGAUGGCCCGACCCGCGUCGAAGUCAUCUAUGACGCGUCGGGUGACGACGAUGUCGUGGCGCUCUCGCGUUGCCGUCUCUGCCUCUCGCUCUCCGAUCAAAGCGCGCUGAGCGUCCUGCAAGUCGCCCUCUGCAUGAACUUGGCCAAGAGCCUGUCGCAUUUGCGCAUGGUGGACGAGGCCAUCGAGUGUCUUACUUUUGGUCUCCAGCUCUUGCCCGACCACUUGCCCGCCUUGUACCUGCGAGGACUGCUCCAUUUGCAAACCAUGCAGCUCAAGCAUGCCAGAGACGACUUUUUCCGCGCCAACAAGAUGGCGGCGGAGCGCAAAGACAAGCCGACUCAAGUGCAGAUCCACAAGGCGUGGAAGCGCCUCCAAGUGCUCACGACGCAGCGCAAGAAGGCCGACAAGAAGCUCAUCAAGGAGAUGAUGGCCUACCUCGACACGCUUGCGAUUGACGGCGAGUAG